AUGGCCAAAACCAAGACAAAGGCACACUCGAAACAAAAAGACAUCCUCCGCUCGACAACCUCCCCGCUCGUAAAAAGCACGCCCCAAAGGUCGCAGAAAUCGAUCGAAGACCUCCUCACCGAGGCUGCAGAACUCCUUGAACAGUCGCAGCCAGAACUUGCGCUUCCGCUUGCCGAAGAAGCACUGAGGAGACUCGAAGUGGAACGGCAAGAACAGCGUUCUCCCAAGGACGAUGAGAUCGAUACCGACGACCUUCUCGCUUUGGCCGCACAGGGAGUGCCGACCCUGCCCUCUGUCCUUACGCUGAAUGCCGAAAUCCAGGUUGCACUGGGAGAUGUCGUGUCGGCGCGAAGGAAUUUUACACGCGCAACACGGAUUGAUAAAGACGGGGCACUCAUAUCCGCGGAACCGUGGCUUUGGCUCGCGCAGCUAUGUGAAGAAGGCGGGACAGAGAGUAUCAGAUACUUCGAACACGCGUGUGAGGUGCUCAGGAACGAAAUCGACGUCCUCGAAGAAGCGGCCAAUGAGAUGGAUAUUACCGGGUCAGACGGGGAUGCAGGCACGAAGAGGGUGCUUAACGAAAAGAAAUCGAAGCUGGCGGAUGCGCUCUGCGCUAUGGCCGAAGUCUACAUGACUGAUCUCUCGUGGGAGAAUGACGCCGAAUCACGUUGCGAGUCCCUCGUCACCGAAGCCGUGGCCGUGUGCCCGGAACAUCUGGGUGCGGGCGUGCUACAGACAUUGGCGAGCGUGCGGAUCAGUCAAGAACGGAUGGAAGAUGCCCGAACGGCGUUGAAGAGGAGUCUCGACAUCUGGAAUGACGCCGGCCCGUCCGCCUCCGAAGAAGAAGCAGCGGGUCUCAAAGAAAAAAACAAAGAUGGAGAAAGCAGCAGUGUUGUUGUCGGGGCUGAUGAUGACGGACGAAAGCCUGACUUCGCAACCCGCGUCUCCCUCAGCCGUUUGUUAAUGGAGGUCCAGCUCGAGCACCUCGCCAUGGCCGUCCUGGAAGGCCUCGUCCGCGAAGACGACCAGAGCAUUGAAUGCUGGUACCUCGGCGGCUGGUGCCAAGUGCUCAUCUCGCAAAAACCAGACACCACCACUUCUGCAGAGGCUAAGCGCAAGUGGCUCGAGACCGCGAGGCAGUGGCUGGAGAACUGUCUCAGGCUGUACCGCGUGCUCGGAUACGAGGAUGAGAGGCUUCGCGAGCAUGCGGUCGAGUUGGUCCAUGGGUUGAAGAAGGAGUUGCGGGUCGAAGGGGAAAUGGACGAGGAAGAGGACGAUGCCUGGGAAGAUGUCGAUGAGCAGGAUGACGAUGAUGAUGACGAAGAUGGUGAUGGAGACGUCGAGAUCGAAGCCGAUGGCGACAAUGACGUGGAAAGCCAUACUGCUGCAAAGGCUGCAGAUGGCGAUGUAGAGAUGACCUGA